UUUCAUUGGUUCAUUGAAGCCUAGGAAACAUGAAACAAAGAGAAAGAUGGAGAAGUGGUUCCCCAGUUACAAAGAAUAGCACUUUGGAUAGAAGAGUCUCUAGUAAAGGUGCCAGCGACCAAAAAAGAAGACUGUCAAACUCCUCAUACAGCACUAGUCGCGCCGACUUAUCAUAUCCCUGGUUUAGCGUUGCUACAUUUUCGUUAUUUGCUUUUCUAGUAUAUUCCUUGGGAUACUGGGGUUGGUCUCAUGAACCUGCCAUUGUGAAAGCUACUAGCCCAAAUAGCGAAUUUUCAGCUGAACGUGCUUUUGCCACCGUUCAAGUGCUUGCAGACGAAAUUGGAUUCAGAGUAGUAGGUACAAAAGGACUAGAAAGUGCCCAAGAGUAUACUUUACAGCAACUAGAACUUUUAUCUAGAGAAGCAAGGCGUAGAGGUUUUUCUCUUGAAGUGGAAGUACAGAAAGUUAGUGGCAACUAUGAUGUUAAACUGCCUGCUCUUGGAGAAGUCACUAUUUCAACGUCAUAUACAAAUAUCAAAAAUAUAGUGGCACGAUUAUCCGGCCCUGCUUGCGAACGUUGGAUAGAUAACCAUUCUUGUUCUAUGACAGAUAACAACUUUCUAGCAGAAAAUGCGAACUGUACUCAACCUCUAUCUUUACUGGUCAACAGCCACUUGGAUUCUGCUGUAGGGUCUCCUGGAGCCUCAGAUGCUGCUGCACCUUGUGGUGUUAUUUUGGAACUGAUAAACAAUCUGAUUCAUAUGCAGCCAGCUCAUUUACGUCGUCCGAUUGUGUUUCUUUUGAAUGGUGCGGAAGAAACACUUCUUGAUGGAGCACAUGGAUUUUUAACGAAACAUAGAUGGAGUCGAAAUGUAGGAGCCUUGGUCAAUCUUGAGAGUAGCGGUUCUGGAGGCUUAGAGUUGUUGUUUCGAUGUGGUCCGCGGAAUGCUUGGCUUGCAAAGGCAUAUGCAAAAAGUGUCAAGUACCCUCACGCUUCUGCUGUGGCUCAAGAUAUUUUUGAACGUGAACUGGUUCCUGCAGAAACAGAUUUUCGUGUAUUUUGGGAACUGGGUGGAAUUCCUGGAGUAGACUUGGCCAAUUACGUGAAUGGACAGACUUAUCACACCAGUAGAGAUGCUGUGGAUAGAGUUACUUCAGGCUUUCUUCAACAUAUGGGUUCCAAUGCUUUGGAGAUAAUAAAGGAACUGGUUGGACCCCACGAUGCUUUGGGAAAGUCUAAGACUUCAGAUUCUUAUCUUUGGAAUAAGAGAGCCAUGUAUUAUGAUUUUCUAGGCUUAACCACAUUUUUCUAUCUUUAUGAUUAUGCAAAAAUAUUUCAUUAUUCAUUGUCCAUUUUGGCGUUAUUUUAUGUUAUCUAUAUUCUUCCUAGGCGAGGAUGUUCACUAGGUCUGGUCUUUAGAGCAUUCUGCAGUCUUCUUUUAGGUCUUGUUGCUUCUGUUUGUGUAGCAAUAUUGGUCGGAUUGUUUUUACAUUUUAUAUGGAGGAAGCCAUUGAUGUGGUACUCUGAAAAGAGUUUAGUGUUUCCACUGUUUUGUGCUUCUGCUGCCUUUGUAUUUUUGACUGGCUUUGAACUAUUUUUAUCUCGACGUUAUCAAUGGAACAUUACACCCGUACGUUAUAAAGCAAAUAGAUGGUAUUGGCUUAUUCCAAAGGUGAAUGAUUUUGCAACCUUUACUGCUGAAAUUAUUUUGGGAAGCUUUAUUCUAUUUCAAAUGACCGUCCUAAUAGUGACUACUUAUUUUGAACUCGGGUUUUCCUUUAUGCCAUUUUGGAAUCUGGUUUUUGCAGUCGUUGUGGGUGUGAUGGGUUUAGAUGAAGAGAGCUCUUGGUUAUUUCGCUGUUGUCUUCUUGUUAUUCCAUGCGGUAUAUUUAGUUUCCCUAAUUCUUUAAUAGGUUUAUCUGCAUUUAUGCCGAUUAUGGGACGUUCAGGUCCUUGGUUACUUACAGAUGUUAUUAUUGGAGCCAUGUCUAGUUCUUUCUUUAUUCUUGUUAGUCUUCCUGUUGUGGUAUUUCUGACCAAAUAUCGCAAUGCAUAUCGAAUGUUUCGUUUUAUAAUGCUGGUGACCUUUCUUAUCGGUAUUUUAAGAGUUGCUUUGAUGUCACAUCCUUAUUGUGGAGACUCGGCUCCCAAACGUAUAGUUAUUCAACAUCUAGUGACUUGUGAUUCCAAUGAAAAGUCCUCUGGAAUUUUCAUGUCUGCUGUAGAUAUUCGUGACUUGAAGACUGAAAAGAAUUUGCUUCAUCGAGUGUUGUCUUCAACAGAUAUUCCUCCUCUAGCAUCUCAUUUUCAUUGGGGUCUAUUAGAAAGUGGACCUUGGGAGAAUCUUCAACCCAUCUCCUGGUUCUUUUCAGGGUAUGAAAUAAGUAGACCAGUAGCAUCACAUAGUAUACCCUGUCCUCAACUUGAGAUUGUACGUAAAGUACCUCUUGCCAAUGGUACUGGAAACUUGGUAGAAUUGUUGGCUUCAUUUCCUUCGAGUCACUGGGGAAGUCUUCGAUUGAAUGCGUCACUCGUUUCCUGGUCACUUUCAGAAUCUGUUCCAAAGCCUUUUUCUGAUGGCACUCGAUUUCUUCGGCACAUUGGAAGUUAUGAAGAAACCUCAUUUCGUAUUGUAUUGAAUACGAGUACGAAUGAGCCUUUUGCAGUUGAUAUGACGUCCACCUAUUUUGGUGCGUCACCCGAAACAUUGGAUAUCAUUCAGCGUCUACCUGAUUGGACAGACGCUGUUACAUUUCAAACGAGUGGAAUAAGUUUUUUAAUAGGUUAGAGUUUGUAGAUAUAUUCUGAAUGUUUUGCAUUUGCAAGAAUAGUCGCCUGUCUCAUGAACCCCACAUUUGCUAAAGAAGGGAAUGUGGUGAUGAUUGUUGACUUGGAGAAUAAAAUAGGAAUCUCAAAU